CCAGAGCCCCGGGGCAGGCAGGGGUAUGGUGGGUGUUGAAGUUGGGAGCAAAGCUCCAGGGAAGCCAAGAAUCUCCGGUGGAGUCACUGUUGCCCUUUUCUGUCUUGCCUGCUCUCCUCUGCCCUCCCCUCCCUCAUUCAAACAAGUGGCUCUCCCAAGGAGUUUCUGGAAGCUGCUGUGAGUGGGGUAGUGGGGGCAGGUGGUAGCUGGGCGCUGGAGUCAGGAGUCCGGGAAGUGGGGGAUGGAGUUGGCUGACCCUUCCCGGGGGCGUGGUCCCGAGAGAAGUGGCAGAAUGAGGGAGGACUCUGGGUGCAGAUGCCUCCCCUGGGUGGCCUGGCAGUGGGGCUGUCUGGGGACCCCAUGAGUGCCUAGGCUGUAGCGAGAGUUUGGGGGGCAGCCCAAUGAGAUCUAGGGCAGGGGCUGGUGAUCCUUGUCCUGGGCCAGUGGUGGGGGCUGCCCCCCGCCCCUGGCCUGCCUCCUGCAGCCAGUGGCUCCGGUGAAACGCUGUUGACAUGUCCUGAAUUAUUAAGCAUGGGGUGGGCUCCAGAGCACAUGCUGAGCGGAGCGGCUGGGGCUGCGCGGUGUGGCGGAGCAGCGCUCACUCCCUCGCUCGCUCGCUCGCUCGCAGGGACACACGCAGGGGCUGACAGCUGUGCUGGUGCUGAUAAGGGAAGCCACAAGGAGACGAUCGAGGAGAGAGACAAGCAGCGGCAGAAGCAGCAGCAGCACAGGCAGCACCAGGGCUGCGGAGCUGCUGGGAGUGGGAGUGACUCCCCCACCUCAGGCCCCCACCCUGUCCCUGUCCUCCUCCCGCUUGCCCUGAGUUUAGAAGAGCAGCCGCUGCCACCACCGCCACUCCGGAAGGCACCGGGGGCUGCCAGCCAGGGAGGGACAGGGGCAGGGAGGCUCCGGCCAGUCCCAGCAGCCGGGGACAGAUGCCGAUCGAGAUUGUGUGCAAAAUCAAAUUCGCAGAGGAGGAUGCGAAACCCAAGGAGAAGGAGGCAGGGGAUGAGCAAAGCCUCCUGGGGGCAGCACAGGGGGCAGCAGCCCCCCGGGACCUGGCCACCUUUGCCAGCACCAGCACUCUGCACGGGCUGGGCCGGGCCUGUGGCCCAGGCCCCCACGGACUACGCAGAAGCCUGUGGGCACUGGCCCUACUCACCUCACUGGCCGCUUUCCUGUACCAGGCUGCCGGCCUGGCGCGGGGCUACCUGACCCGGCCUCACCUGGUGGCCAUGGAUCCUGCCGCGCCAGCCCCAACAGCGGGCUUCCCGGCCGUCACCCUCUGUAACAUCAACCGCUUCCGGCACUCGGCCCUCAGCGAUGCCGACAUCUUCCACCUGGCCAACCUGACGGGGCUGCCCCCCAAGGACCGGGAUGGGCACCGUGCUGCCGGCCUCCGUUACCCGGAGCCCGACAUGGUAGACAUCCUCAACCGCACCGGCCACCAGCUUGCAGACAUGCUCAAGAGCUGCAACUUCAGUGGGCAUCACUGUUCCGCCAGCAACUUCUCCGUGGUCUAUACUCGCUACGGGAAGUGUUAUACCUUCAACGCUGAUCCACAGAAUUCACUGCCCAGUCGGGCAGGGGGCAUGGGCAGUGGCCUAGAGAUCAUGUUGGACAUCCAGCAGGAGGAAUACCUGCCCAUCUGGAGAGAAACAAAUGAGACAUCAUUCGAGGCUGGCAUCCGGGUGCAGAUCCAUAGCCAAGAGGAGCCCCCCUACAUCCACCAGUUGGGCUUCGGUGUGUCCCCAGGCUUCCAGACCUUUGUGUCCUGCCAGGAACAGCGGCUGACCUAUCUGCCCCAGCCCUGGGGCAACUGCCGGGCGGAGAACGGGCUCCGGGAGCCCGAGCUUCAGGGCUACUCAGCCUACAGUGUGUCUGCCUGCCGGCUGCGCUGUGAAAAGGAGGCCGUGCUUCAGCGCUGCCACUGCCGGAUGGUGCACAUGCCAGGCAAUGAGACCAUCUGCCCGCCGAAUAUCUACAUCGAGUGUGCCGACCACACACUGGACUCCUUGGGAGGGGGCUCCGAGGGCCCGUGUUUCUGCCCUACUCCCUGCAACCUGACUCGCUACGGGAAAGAAAUCUCAAUGGUCAGGAUCCCCAACAGGGGCUCGGCCCGGUACCUGGCGAGGAAGUACAACCGCAAUGAGACCUACAUCCGGGAGAACUUCCUGGUCCUUGAUGUCUUUUUUGAAGCCCUGACCUCCGAGGCCAUGGAGCAGCGAGCAGCCUAUGGCCUGUCAGCCCUUCUGGGAGAUCUCGGGGGACAGAUGGGCCUCUUCAUUGGGGCCAGCAUCCUCACACUACUGGAGAUCCUGGACUACAUCUAUGAGGUGUCCUGGGACCGACUGAAGCGGGUGUGGCGUCGUCCCAAGACCCCCCUGCGGACCUCCACCGGGGGCAUCUCCACCCUGGGGCUGCAGGAGCUGAAGGAGCAGAGUCCAUGCCCAAGUCGGGGCCGUGCUGAAGGUGGGGGAGCCAGCGGCCUGCUCCCCAACCACCACCACCCUCCUGGCCCCCGAGGAGGCCUCUUUGAAGACUUUGCUUGCUAGGACGGUGCUGUCUAAAAAGACCCAGGGGUCUGGGAACCCUUCCAGGAUCCCCAACAGUCUCCUCCCUCCUGGGACACAAGGCCUGGGGGCAGCCCAAGGGAUGGGGGAGAGGGCAGAGGGCGGUCCUCACUGGGAGGGUGGGGAUUCAGUUCAGGCUCUCACCAGCUCUGGCGCCAAUUGCUGUGCACAAGGGUCUUUCCUGUCCACCCCCGCAACCCUCAGGCUGGUGCCCAGGGAGGGCUGGAGGGGAGGGAAGGAAGGGAGUGAGGGAGGUGGAGGAAGGGGCCCACCCUAGCAGGGGUGGAACCCCCUGUACAUUUGUAUAUAUUUAGGGAGGACAGGGUGGGGGUGGGGGAACAGAUGUAGAAAGUGGGUGGGCCUAUGGGGGUGGGUGAUUCAGGGACAGCCAGAGUCCCAGCCCUAGAAUGUCAGCAGGAGAAGAACCCCGGGGACUCAGGAGUGCUGGACUGGUCCUACUUCCUUUCCCUCUUCAGGCCCAGCUCCCCUUUUGGCAGGGGGACUGGGAGGCCCAGCAGGCCUGGCCCAGCUCCCAAUUUCCCCUGCCCCAACCCCACCUUCAGAGUGUCCUCCACAGGGAGCAGGCCACCCAUUAGACCUUGGCUGUGCUUGGGGGUGGGGAAGGGAGCCUUCUCGAUGGGCCUCUCUGCCUCUGGUCUGGUUUUAUAAAGCGCUGAUGAAACUGAGAAUAAAGAGGCAUAAAGAA